CCGUUCCGCUCGCAAUUCUCCUUCCGGACCCCGCGGCUUUCUCGGGGCGGGAUGGGAAUAAGGGGAGGCCUGGCGUCGAGUGCUCUCGCCCGCCUUCCUCCCCGGCGUCCCUCAGAGAGCGCGGCCUCCUCGCCGCUCGCGGAGCCCCCAGGUGGGCCGCCCGGCGGAAGGUGCCCUGCGCGCGGCGGCGCGGGGCUUCCUCCGAGUGGGGCAGCCGAGCCCCGCAGGAGGUCGGGAGACCUCUGUUCCAGCCCCGCGCCGUCGGGUUGCUAAGCGGUGUGGCCUCGGCGAGUCAUUCGGCCUCUCCGGACUUUGGCAUGUGGGAUGUGCAGCCCCGCUCUUUCUCCUCGGGGAGCAGCCCUGAAGUCAGAUUCUUGAUCUUCCACAAUGGGUGAGCCACAGCAAGUCAGUGCCCUUCCGCCACCUCCGAUGCAGUACAUCAAGGAGUAUACAGAUGAAAAUAUUCAGGAAGGCCUAGCUCCCAAGCCUCCACCUCCAAUAAAGGACAGUUACAUGAUGUUCGGCAACCAGUUCCAAUGCGACGAUCUUAUCAUCCGUCCUUUAGAAAGUCAGGGUAUCGAACGACUUCAUCCUAUGCAGUUUGAUCACAAGAAAGAACUGAGAAAACUCAAUAUGUCUAUCCUUAUUAAUUUCUUAGAUCUCUUAGAUAUCUUGAUAAGGAGCCCUGGGAGUAUAAAACGAGAAGAGAAGCUAGAAGAUCUUAAGCUGCUUUUUGUACACGUGCAUCAUCUCAUAAAUGAAUAUCGACCCCACCAAGCAAGAGAGACCUUGAGAGUCAUGAUGGAGGUACAGAAACGUCAACGCCUUGAAACAGCCGAAAGGUUUCAGAAGCAUCUGGAACGAGUCAUCGAGAUGAUUCAGAAUUGCUUGGCUUCUUUGCCUGAUGACUUGCCCCAUUCGGAAGCAGGGAUGAGAGUAAAAUCUGAACCAAUGGAUGCUGAUGAUAGCAACAAUUGUACUGGACAGAAUGAACAACAAAGAGAAAAUUCAGGAUCUAGGAGAGACCAGAUUAUAGAGAAAGAUGCUGCCUUGUGUGUCCUAAUUGAUGAAAUGAAUGAAAGACCAUGAAGGAUGUUUCUUUUUCUUCUCGCUUUUUUUUCCUUUAGUAAAUAGCGUAUAUAUUAGUUAAUUCACUCUUAAGAGAUUCCUAAGAGAAAUAUAACUAGAAGUCAUACAAACAGCUUGACUCUCCAGCAUUAUCAGUUAUGAGACGUCACAGGCAAUAAUUUCAGCUUUUGGCAGGUUUAGGCAAAUGAGUAUGCCAGCAUUAAGAGUCGUCACCUAAAAAGCAAGUGUUCACUACCCUUGUGUGGAACAUUCCUGUGUUUGGAGUUGCCGUAAACUUUGAAGAUAUCCUCAGUAACAGCAAGCUUUCAUCCUCGAAAAGUAGAAUUGUCGUUUGCUUUAAGAAUGGUAGAUAAUAAAGGAUAUCAAACUGUGUACAUGUGAAA